AUGGAUAGUCGGCAGACAGCGGGACAGGAAAACCAUCGAGCUCCCAACCAUGUUCCCGCCGGCCUGCCAAAGAGUGACGAGGACGACACUUAUCUGCCUCAUGUGCUCUCUGAGUCGUCUCCGCUUUUGAUCAAGGUUGAUGAUGUUGUUCAAUACCAAGCAGUGGUCUGGGAGACUACCGAGGAGCUUCGAGCGGAAGCAGUCGUCGAGGCCACACCGUCUGGGGGCGUGUGCGUCACAUGGAAGACGGAGGCCAAGUACAUUGCCUCGUCGUCUGUGUCUCUGCUCGUCACAUUCGUUCUGCAAUAUUCAAUAAAUGUCGCCAGUGUAUUUUCUGCGGGCAGAAUCGGCAAGGUGGAGCUGGGGGCCGUUGCUUUGGCAAACAUGACGACGGGUGUCACCUGCUUGGCGCCAUUCAUGGGGCUGGCGACGAGUUUGGAUACCCUGUGCGCUCAAGCAUAUGGAGAUGGACGCAAUCAUCUUGUUGGCAUCCAGUGUCAGCGCAUGGUUAUGUUUCUUUCGUGCCUGUCGCUGCCAGUGGCGGCGCUGUGGGCUUGUUCCGAAGGAAUCCUCCUGCGAGUUAUUGACGAUGGCGAAUCGGCUCGCCUCGCUAGUUUAUAUCUAAAGGUAAUGAUAUCUGCCUUGCCGGGUAUUGUUCUUUUUGAAGCUGCCAAGAGACUGCUUCAAGCGCAGGGCCUAUUUAGGCAAACUACCUACGUUAUCCUUGUAUUGGCUCCUAUUAAUAUCUUUUUAAACUGGCUGCUUGUUUGGAAGCUUGAACUGGGCUUUGUGGGUGCGCCAAUAGCCGUGGCACUCUCUAGGAAUCUUUUGGCUCUUCUCCUUAUCCUUUAUAUUAAACUGGUCAACGGAUAUCAAUGCUGGGGAGGGCUCAGUCUGAAGGCCUUCUCCAACUGGCGGCCCAUGGUCUUCUUGGCAUUGCCUGGCAUGGUCAUGGUGGCGGCAGAAUGGCUCAUCUUUGACAUAAUAACCUUCCUCUCUAGUCGAUUCGGAACCGAUUAUCUAGCGGCGCAGAGCAUUCUGGUUUCUGUCACGACUCUUAUCUACCAUGUGCCCUUUGCAAUUUCGGUUGCGGCCUCUACCAGAGUCGCCAAUUUAAUAGGAGCCGGUCUUGUCGAUGCUGCAAAGGCUGCGGCCAAGGUGAUUCCGCUGCUGUUGACCCGGGACGCAAGCGUCAUUAUGCUUACUGCUCAAGCCAUGCCUCUUGUCGCUCUUGAACAAUUCUUCGAUAGCCUCUGUACCGGCGCUCAUGGGUUGCUACGCGGCAUAGGCAAGCAAUCAAUUGGCGGGCCUGUCAACCUAAUUGGACAUUACCUAGUCUCGCUCCCGUUGUGCCUGAUUUUGGGAUUUCAGUACUCCUGGAAGUUGGCAGGUCUUUGGGGCGGCAUAGCAGCUGGGCUCAUGGUCGUAUCUUUGGUUGAGUACGGUUACCUGCUGACGAUUGACUGGCAAGUGGCGUGUGAGGAAGCAGAGGCUAGGAAUACAGCUGGUUAG